AUGGCGGAGGAUGGAGAUACGGAGGCCUAUGGGCAACUCAUAGUUGCCAAAGACGCCCUCGUCCAUCCGGAGGAGGACGAGGGGAAAUUGAAGGAUGAUUCAGAGGACGAGACCGACCUGGAGGACUCUGAGACAGAGUCGGGGACGGAGAGCGAGACCGAGUCAGAGACCGAGUCAGAAUCAGAGUCGGAAUCAGAGUCAGAGUCGGAGACUGAAUCAGAGACUGCGUCGGAAUCUGAAACGGAAACUGAGACGGCGACGGAGGCGGAAACUACGGAGACAGAGCGCUCAACCACGGUGACGGGGACCGGCGACUUCAAAUCCCCACGGCCGCAGCAGCAUCUGCCUGCAGAAAGCAUGCCGUCGCUUUCCUCACCUCCUGGUGACGGAGUGGGCAAGCGCAGUCAAGCGUCAAGCCCCAAGGGCUCGCCUUCCCGAAACCCCAUCGCGGCGCCGCGUUACUACCAGCCGCCGCCACCCCCGCCACCGGCCCCCAUGCCGAAGCCUCGGGAACGGCACGACACGUCAGCUGUGGAUCCAUUAUUCCUCCAGACUGCGGUGUACCGGACAGUGCCAAAUGUGGGGCGCGUGUACGACUGGAAAGUCCAACACGAGGUGAACGCCGCGCUCUCCAAACAACGGAAGCAGCAGGCACAAAUGGAAAAGGUGCUUGAAGCUGCACGGUUACAGCUGCAAGUGCGGGAGGCCAACGAGCGUGCCUUUAAGCAAUGGGUAGCCACUAAGGAGCAAGAGAAGCAGCAGCAGUACCAGCAAAACCGGCGUAUAGCCUACGUGACGUCCGUGUACCAAAACCUGGUCAAGGACGAUCCCGUGGAGCGCAAGACUCGCGAGGCGCUCUGGGUCAGCAACUUUGCGUAUACGGCAUCUGACAGCUCCCCUCCACGCGCCUUGUCGCGCAAUAGAGUCAGUGAAGACUCCGAGUCCGAGCGAUUCCGCCUCUGA